AUGUGUUCCAGAAAAGUUAAUUCAGCCAGGCUUCGGUUGAAUACUACUCUUCAGAAUUUAGUGGAGAAAGACGAAGAAAGCUAUACACCAAGUGAAUCUAACAGUCCUAAAAGCCAUGAUGAAACUCCUCAUAGGUUACCAUCGCCCCAGCAGUCGCCUAAAAAGGCUACAUUUUCAAAAGUGAGCAGGAAAAGAAAGAGGAAAGAAGAUUCUUCUGGUUCUGAUAUUAACCAAUAUCACUAUACUUAUGUAAUGAAGCUGUUUGAUCGAAGUGUUGAUCUGGCCCAGUUCAAUGAAAAUACACCCUUGUACCCAAUAUGCCGUGCUUGGAUAAAAAAUCAGCCUCAUAAUCACUCCAACCAAGAGCGUUCACCCAGCCCAGACUCUGAUAUAGAUGUCAAAGAUAAGAAUAUACACAAAAACGGAAAUAUCUAUCAUUUGCCUCCACCAAUUAAAUCAGAGAAGGAUCAAUGUUCUAAACCACGCAUUCCUUCCCCACUUCCACAGACAAAUACAAGAAUAGAUAUAUAUGCUGAUCCUGAUAAAGCACCUCAUCCAAAAGAACUUUUGUCAAAUCACAUGGCUCGUUGGAAAAAAGUCAGGAAUAGAUGGAGAGAAACGUCUCGUCAGAAUGAGUUGCGUUACAGCCCAAGUCUCAUUAUUUUGAAGGAAAUGUUUGACAGCCAAUGCAAGGACUCCUAG